AUGCGAGCACGAUUUAUUUUUUUAAAUGUGUUCAGUUACAACUUUCACCUAGCACAGGGAUCCACCAUGUCCGCAGCAGCAGCUUGGGAGCGCACCAUUCUGAUUGCCCCAAACCCCACUCCUUUUGCGCCCCUGUCCGCUCGCGCGCUUUUACCUCGUCACCGCGCUUCUCUUACGGGCUCGCUGUAUCGCAUCGCUCCGAAUUGGCGCCCCGAGAUUCUGGGUUCAACCGUUGCGAUUCCCCGGCGGCAGCGGCACGGUCGGCGCGGAAGACGGGGAGACGAUCAAAGUUCGUAUCCGCGCGUGGUUUGCUCCACACGGCGCAGCGAUGCGCAGAGCGGCGACGAGGUAGUAGAAAGCGCGGGCGCGCAGCAGCAGGGGGCGGGGGAUGCGGAGGGGGCGGGGGAUGCGGAGGGGGAGGGGGAUGGGAAGGGGGAAUCAGGCGUGCAGUGGGUGGAGGAGCGCGGGUUGCGUCUGCAGGUGCAGGGGUCGUUCUACCGCCGCGAGAGCGCCGUCGGGCGCGACUUGGCCACUCUCGUCGCGUGGCGGGAUGCGCGCACGCGGAGCGCGGCGGAAGAGCAGCAGCACGCGGAAGGCCAAGCGGAAGAGGGUGCGGUGGAGGAGGCGGUCGCAGGAAUUGAGAGAAGCGCGGAAAGGGAAAGGAGCGGUCGGAGAGGCGCAGAGGCGGAAGGUGCAGGGCGGGGGAUGAAGGAGCAGCAGCGGCGACGGCGGCGGCGGCGGGGGUUUAGGGUUUUGGACGUGCUGAGCGGGAGCGGCGUGCGCGGAGCGCGGUAUUUGUCGCAGGGCGGCGCGUCGUUCGUGUGGUGCAACGACGCGUCCGUCGACACCCACGCCGCGCUCGUCGCCAACCUGCAAGCCGUCUCUGGCGCCACCGCUGAUGACGCCGCUGGCCCCGCUGCUGACGUGGAUGCUGCUACAUCCGUCGACGCUCGCCCCGGGAAGAAGGAGGCAGAGGGGCCGUCCCCUUUCCCUCUCCCUUUUUCAGAACCAUUUUUGCAGCAGCACACCCCGUUCCACCUCCCCUCCUUCCCUCUAUCUCCACCCCGUUCUCCUCCGACGGGCGUUCUGCUUCGACAUGACAUGUCCUUCCCAUCUUCCCCCUUCUUUCCCCCCUCUUCCUCCCCACCCCCCCCCUCCUCCCCCAUCCCUCCCCUCCCUCCCCCCCACCAGCAACGGCAAUUCUUCGACCUAGUGGACGUGGAUGCGUUUGGCAGUGACACGGUACGCGCUUCGUCAACCCUUCCCGCCUUCCCCCAUAUUCCUCCCCCUCCCGCCCCCUUCUUUUCCCCCAUCCCUCCCCUCCCUCCCCCCUGCCAGCAACGGCAAUUCUUCGACCUAGUGGACGUGGAUGCGUUUGGCAGUGACACGCGGUUCAUCGGGCCAGCCCUGGCAGCCACGGCCAGGGGAGGGCUGCUCUACCUCACCGCCACUGACGGCUUCUCCUCCGCCGGCCACGCUCCCUUCCGCGCGCUGGCAGCAUACGGCACGUACAUGCGGCCUCUGCCCUUCUGCAACGAGCUGGGGCUGCGCAUGCUGCUGGGGGCAGCCGUGCGGGAAGCAGCCGUGCGCAAGCUGAUAGUGGCCCCCGUGUUCUCCCUCUACGCGCCCCACGGGCCUGUCUUCCGCGCUCUCGUGCGCGUGCACCCCGCGUCGCCGCACCAGCAGUGGCAGGGCGAGAACUAUGGAUUCAUCGCGCAUUGCCAUUCCUGUGGGCACUCCAAGGUGCUGGCAUGGGAUGCGCUCGGCUGUGCUCUCUGCAACUGCCUGCAGAGAAAGGGUCAUGUAACGCAUGCUUCUGCUGCUGCUGCUGCUGCCUCCACGUCUCCCACUUCUCUCUCCUCGUUAUCCCCCCCUUCCUUCGAGAAUCCCUCUAUGGAAACAAGCUCUUCUCCCUCCCAGCAGCAGCAGCAGCAGCAGCAGCAGCAGCAAGUGUCAGGUGGCAUGGAUGAUCAUCAAAUGCUCAGUCAAAUGGGCCUCCGGCGCAUGGUGGUGGUGGGGCCGCUGUGGGUGGGCCCCCUGCACGACCCAAUGGAAUUGCGCCACGUGGCAGAGGAUGCGCGGGUGAGAGGGUGGAAGGCAGCAGGGCGGGUGCUGGAGGUGAUGCAGGAGGAGGCACAGGAGGGAUUGCCUCCGUGGUUCUUUAAGAUGGAUCAUGUUUCGAAGCUUGCUGGCGUACCCACGCCUCCACGUUCAGAGCUUAUGAGGCUGCUGAAGGAGCGGAAUGAGAUGUCGGUGACAACAAUGCAGAGCCAUCGACACAGGCAUACGGUAGAGACUCCAGGCCCGGGAUCCACGAUGCUCUCCGCUGCGGCCGUCUCAGACCCUGAAACCACCAUUUUCAACACCACUUCGCUCUCCUCCCUGUUCGAGUCCAAACUUGCGUUCACUGACGUUUCGGGAUCAUCGCCGUCGGCUCAUCACAUUUCCCUGGACGAUGCAACAACCAUCCUUCCGGACGACGAGGAAGAGCUCUUCGCAGACAUCGCAGAGGAGUACGAGCGACACCUGCGAUCAGAAGCCGUCGCCGCCGCCGCCGCCGCCGCCGCCGCCACCGCCGCUGCUGCUGUCUCGAGAUCCGAUUCGACCGGCGCAGCCCGUCGCGCGAGCAGCGGCAGGCGCGCGGGGGGGAGCGCGGGCAGCGGAAGGGGGGAGGGGGGAGGCGCGGGGGACGAUGGCGGGGAGGGGGAUGGCGCGGAGGGGGACGACGCGGCGGACGAUCUGUUCUGCAGCAGCGGAGGCAUGGAGCUAGAUCUCGACCCCGCCGACGGCAUGGCGCCGCAGGGGGGGUUCCGCCGCCUGCCCCUUCCGCGCGAUGCCUUUUCCGCCACUGCUGGUGCUCUUGGUGCUGCUGGAACUCGCAGGACUCCGGAAGGCGCGGUACGCCAGGGGGCGGGCGCGGGCAAGGCUGCGGCGGCGGCGGGGAUAAUGGCGACGACGACGGUGGCGACGUCCGCGUUCGCGGGCGCAGCGCAGGGCGCGGGGAGUGAGCAUCCGCGCGGGGAGCGGCCGUCGCGGACGCUGUUCGUGCGGAACAUCAACAGCAGCGUGGAGGAGGCGGAGCUGCGCGCGCUGUUUGAGCGGCACGGGGACAUCCGCACGCUGUACGCGGCGUGCAAGCAAGCACCACGCUCGCCACGGGGACAUCCGCACGGUGUACACGGCGUGCAAGCACCGCGGCGGCACGGGGACAUCCGCACGCUGUACACGGCGUGCAAGCACCGCGGGUUCGUGAUGGUGUCCUUCUACGACCUCCGCGCUGCGCUCGCUGCCAUGGCCGCGCUGCAGGGCACGCCGUUGCGCCGCCGCAACCUCGACAUCCACUUCUCCAUCCCCAAGGAUAACCCGUCGGACAAGGACAUGAAUCAGGGCACGCUGCUGGUGCCCGUCGCGGCUGCAUCCCCCUCCACCAGCGGCGCCACUGUCAAGGCCGCCACGACGCACCACGACUUGCUUCUCCACAUCUUCUCCGCUUACGGCGACGUCAAGGAGAUCCGCGAGGCUCCGGGGCAGCAGCAGCAGCAGCACAGGCUGGUGGAGUUCUACGACGUGCGUGCUGCAGAGGCGGCGCUCAGGGCGCUCAACCGCAGCAGCAGCAGCAGCAGCAGCAGCGUCAACGGAGGCCCCACGGGGGUCACGCUCCACGCGACCCGCCCCGGGGACGCUCGCUGCAGCGCGACUAGUCAAGAGAGUGCUGGGUCAGCAUCGGCAGCUGCUGCAGCUCAGCGGGAGCAGGAGGAGCAGCAACAGCAACAGCAACAGCAGCAGCAGCCACAGGAGGCAUCCGAAUCCUUGUCUCAGAACCGCUCAGUGCAGCAGCAAUCCCACGCGCAGCAGUGGCUGCAGGAGGAGCAGCAGCUGCAAGCACAACAGCAGCAGCAGCAGCAACAGCAGCAGCAGCAGCAGCAGCAGCAGCAGCAGCAGCAGCAGCAGCAGCAGCAGCAGCAGCAGCAGCAGCAGCAGCAGCAGCAGCAGCAGCAGCAGCAGCAGCAGCAGCAGCAGCAGCAGCAGCGCAACCAGCAGCAGCAACAGCAACAGCAACAGCAGCGAUCUCAGUCCUUUUUCCAGCAGCAACACCAACACCAGCAACAGCAGCAGCAGCAGCAAAACGAGCAGCAGCAGCAGCAGCAGCAGGAGGAGGAGCCUCCGCUCCCCCCUAUGCUCCCACUGAGCGCUCUCCUAGACGCAGCUGGCCCCAUCUCCGUCUCUCUGCCCCCAUCCGACCGCCUCUGGCGCUCCCAGGGGGGAAGCGCGCACCAAGCUCCGCCUCUCCCCCCGUCUUCCCCCCAUGAGGCGGCUGCCGCCGCUGCAGCCGCCACCACGGUGGAAGUGGGGCGCGGGGGGCGCAUUCUCCCCCCUGGCGCCCCUCCCGCGUCCUCCCCCCCGCGUGCUGAUGGCGGAGACGCAGGUGCAGGGGUGAGGACGGCGGGUGUGGAGCUUUUAUAUGGGCAUGGGGCUGUUAGGGGUGGUAGAGGUGGUGGGGGUGGUGGGGGUGAUGGUAAGGGGAGUGAGGUAGAGGGAGGGGAAGGACAGGGAGUUGAGAAACCGCAGAAAACAGUGCAGCGAGAUGAGCAAGUGCUGGCUCAGAUUCUGCAGCAACAAGGACAGCAGCAAAGCCAGCAGCAGCAGCAGCAGCAGCAGCAGUCGGUGCAAUUGUGGCAUCAACAGCAGCAACAGCGUCUGCUGCACCAUUCCAACUCCCUGCCAGACUACAAUCUCAACGCCGCUGCCACAGCCUUCUCAUCUUCCUCCUCCUCCUCCUCCUCCUCCUCCUCCUCCUCCUCCUCCUCCUCCUCCUCCUCUCCCUCUCCCUUCCUCGCGUCCGCCCCAAACAACGACUCCCACGCGCGCCUUUACGCAAUAAACCCACCCGCAGCUGCUGCGGCUGCUGCAGCUGCUGCUUCAACUGCCGCUGCCGUCGCUGCAGCCAAUGCAGCUGCAAGUGCUGGUCCGUCCCCAUACCAAGCGGUGAACCCCGGUGCUGGUCCUGCGUGGAUGCCCAGAGCGAGCUCUGAGACGUCCCUGGGUGCGGUUGCACGCGCUGUGCGUGGGAGUGGUGGCGGUGGUGCAGGAGGUGCAAAUCCCACGCUGCAAUCACACCUGCUCAACCAGCUUUCAUUUCAGCAGCAGCAGCAGCAGCAGCAUGGGCUGCCAGGGUUAGGGGCAGUUGGGGCGGACGCGUUAACAGGUGGCAGUGGAAGCAUGGGUAUGGGUUCGGAAAUGGGUGGGCUUGUUGCUAAGAUGGGCCGAGCUCACUCGUUUGGAGCGCUCGGUCACUCCUCACCAACCAUGGCUUCUGCUUCCUCUGCUACCACUGGUGCUGUUGGUGGUGGUGGCGCUGCUGGUGGUGCUAGUGGUGGUGAUGCUGCUGGUGGCGGCGACCCCCUCCUCCCCGGUCGCUCCUACAGCCUUCUCUCAGGCUCGCCCGACUCGUUUUCCUACGACAGCCCUCUCUUAGGUAACGGGCUGCUGGGAGGUUCUGUGGGAGGGAGUGGAACAGGCAUGGGGGCCGGACGGUCGGGGGUGGGAGCAGGAGGAGCAGCAGUGGGAGCGGCUGUGCCUGGUAGUGGUGGUCGUGUGGUGCAUGGGAUGGAUCAUUUCGGUUCUCUUUCUGGCUCGUUCUCGGCGGGCUCCUUUGCUGGUGCGCUGUCUAGCUCUCUGUCCGCCGCUGCUGCUCUGCAUCACGGUGUUGACACCACCUUUGGUCUCCAUUUUCCACCACCUGCAGCAGCAGCAGGAGCAGCAGGAGCAGGAGCGCCCAGAGCAGCGUCCCCUGCUGUUGAUUUCAACAGUGCUGCAGCAGCAGCAGCAGCAGCAGCAGCGGCUGCUGGCUCUGCGACAGUUGAUUUCAGCGGUGCUGGGUUAGGUCUGGGCAUGCCGAGCCUGAAUCCCAGCUUGGCGUCGAGCCUGGGAUCUGGGCUCGGGAGAGGGCUUGGGUCGCAAUACGGGGUGGGAGGAAUAACCCCACCAGGUUUAUCCUCAGGUGUUUCGGCUAGCAGCAUUAGCCUGCGCGAGGCAGUUGGCAGUAUGGGCAACAUGGGCAGUAUGGGAAGCAUGGAUAGAGCACGUGGGGGUGCAGGAGCAGUGGCGGCGGCUCUUAUGCUGGGGAUGGAGAGUGGUUUGGAAGGCACCCCUCCCUCUCCCAGUCUGCUGUCGCCUCACCUGAAGAACAUUGCCAGUGGACGGUCGUUGUCGGGGCUGGGAGGGGGGGAGAACGCUGGGAGGGUUGCAGGAGGGCCAGGAGGGGGAGGAGGGGGUGGCGGGGCGGCAGGAGGAGGGGCAGGGAUGGAAGGGUAUGGGGAGAGGAGUCGAGGGAGGAGGUCGGAGGGUGGGGGAGGCGGCGGGGGUGGGGGGGUGGGUGGGGAUGCGAAGCGGCAGUAUCUGCUGGAAGUGGAUCGGAUACUGCGAGGGGAGGACUCGCGCACCACGCUCAUGAUCAAGAACAUUCCCAACAAGUACACACAAAAGAUGCUCCUGGCAGCCAUUGAUGAGAAGCACAAGGGCACAUACGACUUCUUCUACCUUCCCAUUGACUUCAAGAACAAGUGCAACGUGGGAUAUGCCUUCAUCAACAUGAUGGACCCAUAUAAGAUCGUUCCACUCUACCAGAGCUUCAACGGGAAGCGGUGGGAGAAGUUCAACAGUGAGAAGGUGGCCAACAUAGCGUAUGCGCGCAUCCAGGGCAAGCAGGCGCUCAUCGCCCACUUCCAAAACUCCUCGCUCAUGAACGAGGACAAGCGCUGCCGCCCCAUCCUGUUCCAGUCGCAGGGCCCAAACGCAGGCGACCAGUUUCUCAUUGGCUCUCUUGCUCCCCUCCGAUUCCUCUGA